AUGCAGUAGCUCACGGGUAAUUAAUAAACACCAACCUCUGCAAGUCAGUAUGCAUCAGCAAGGUCCAAUUCUAUGUAUAAUAUUACUAAACCAGAAGGGUUGUGUAUGCCAACUCCUAAGCAAUCAUUUAUUGCUAAUAAUAUAUCUUUUGGAAGAGAUACAUAAGCAAUAAGCUAUAAAGCUAAGCCUUGCAUUCUAACAUAACAAUAGGCAAUUCAAACAGAUAUUUACAAAUAAUUAGCAACUCCUUCUAGCAUAAUUGGUCCUUUAUCUUCUAACUCUACCAGUAAAAGUAUCAAUAAUUCAGCUUAAAAAACAGUUAAUUAGUUUAAUGUUGCAUAAACAGCAGCAGGGCAGACCUAUCAGUAAAAUGUUUAGGCAACUAGCUCUAGCGGGUUUAGCAUUAACAGUUUAAAUAGCCAGCAAUAGCAACAAAAUUUAUCAUAUCAAUAUAAUUCCUCACGUAAUAAUAGAUAACCGUCUCAUGUUUAUUCUUCAAAUGCGUAAAAUUUGAUCGUCCAUCCUAUUGGUGAUAUAGCUCAUAAAAUUGGAAUCACUUCACUCACUUUUGAAAAAAAGCCUGCCUCGCAAUAAUUAAAGGAGAAUAAUGAAAACUGUUUAGGAGUUGUUAUUUAGAAUCUCAAGCAGUAUGCUGGUUAAUUAGGACCUACUUUGGUUUCAAAUAAAAUGAUUCCUUAACAAAUUCCUUUUAUUUAAAGUCCGUUGAAAACCUCUUUGUAAAGUUCAGGUAAGAAAACUGACAAAAUUGUAAAUGUUUAAAUUCUUUCACAGAAUCAAAAUAUAUAAAAUGCAGUCUUAUAGAAUUAACAAUUAAAUGCUUAGGAUUAAGCUGCUUUAAAGAUCGCAGAAAAGGAAGCUUAGAAGGAAAAAAAUUUAAAUUUAUUUAAAGAAUCUAGCAUCAAGUUUAUUACAAACACAGAUUUGGAAGCGGAAUUAAAAGAUUUAGCUCAUUUGUUAAAGAGAGACAAAGAUAUGUAUGGGUCAAAUAUCAUGCUAACUACAGAUAGAGAAUAGGUAAUUCCAGAAAUGAAAAUGGAAAUAGAAUUACUAAAGGAAUAAAAUGAUGCUCUUAAAAGUAAAGUAGACGAAUUAACUUUGUUGGUGAAUGAUAAAGAAAUGUAGAAAAUUUUAGAAGAGAAAAACUUUUAAAUAAAAUAAGUGAAUGCUGAUUAUGAAUAACUUGCUGAAAAAUAUGCAUCGAUUGAGAAGGCUUAUGAUUUAAUGCACAUAGAAUAUGAUUCUCUGAAUUAAAAAUAUUUGGAGUUGCAGUCUUCGAGAAGUCCAAGAGACACAGAAAAUGUUGAUUUAGUUCAGGAAUUAGAGAAGAAAGUGCUUUAUAUGGAAGAAAAAAUGAGAGAAGAUGAGAUUCAGAGCAAUAAGAUGAAGAUGGUUGUUUUAAAAUAGGAAGAAAGUAUCAGCAUUUUGGAGAAUUUAGUUAGAGAAGCGAGAGAAGCAUAAUUAAAUGCAGAAAAGCAGCUAACUGAUGAGCUAACAAAUCGUUCUCAAAAAGAAACUCAGAUAUCAGAAAGGUAUGAAACCUAGAAGACAGAAUUAAUUUUAUUAAACAAUAAAAUUGAAAUGUUAAAGUUAGAUGCAGAAAGAAUAUGCAAAGAAAAAUAUAAUUUAGAAAAAUUGGUUGAUAAUUUAAAAGUUGAACACGAAGAAAAACUCAAAGAAGUCAAAAUGGAGAUGAAAAAAAAGAUUAAGGAACUAAAAAAAACCAAUUAAAAUCUUGAAAAAGAGAUCAGCAUGAAAGAGAACAAUCUGUUAUAAAUUGAAAACGAAGGAGUUAUUCUCUCAAAAAAUACAAAUGCUCUAUCAGAUAAAGUUUUGGAGCUGCAAUCUUUACUUGAAAAAAAAAUUGAAGAAGUGAGGGAAAAGGAUAAAGUAUUGCAGGAAGAAUAAAAUAAAUAUGAUUUGCUAAGUCAAGAGUUGCAGACUUAACGUUAAAGUUUUGAAGUCACAAUAAACUAAUUAUAAAAUUCAAAUAAAUCGAUUUAAGAAUAAUUAUUAAGAAAAAACAUCCUCCUUGACUCUGCCAGUGUGAGUUUUGAAGUGAAUCAGAAGUGUUUGAUAAAAGAAAAAGAAGAAGCCUUAGAAAAAAUCAUCAAAUGCAACGAAGAAAUAUCUCAUUUAAAGAAGACUCUUGAAGAAUAAUAAUUUAAAAAUGAAGAUCUUUAGGAAAAAAUCAAUGAUUUAAGACUAUAAAAUGAAAAUAUGCUUCUCCAAGCAGAAAAGCUCAGAAGUGAAAACCUUGAAUAAAUGAGGAUUUUCUAAGAUACUUAAAAAAGUCUAAACAACAGAAUUGAUUAGCUUAUUUCAGAAAACAACAAGCUCUAACAAACAGAGUUGUUAAAUCUCAACGAAAGAUGUGACAAAUUUAACUUAAUGUUUUAACAACUCUAACAAGAAAAACUCUAGUUAAUUUAAGACAAUUCAAUUAUUGUCUAAGAUAAAAUCACACUUAGCGAAAAAGUUAGAGAGCUAUAAUAAAAUAAUAUUGAUCUCCUUUCCAAAAUUCAUAAUUAUGACAAUUAAAAAAAUAAAGAAAUAGUUGAGCUUAAAUAUGAAUUAGAUUAACUAAUUAAUUAAAAAGAUAAGCUGAAAUAAGAAAAUCAUUUGUUAGAGUAGGAAAUAUAAGAAUACAAAAAUAACAUAAACUCUUACAAGGAGCAAAUCAAUAGCUUUAUAGUUGAGAUAAACCAAUUCUAACUUUAACUAGACACCUUGAAACAAGAAUCUCGUCUAAAAACUGAGCAAAUUCACCAACAAGAAAACCUCAUCCUCAACUAAAAGAAUCAAAUAGAUACCUUAGUAGAAAAGAGCUAUCUAGAUUAAGAAUCUGAAAGAUUGAUUGACUACAAAUUAAAAGAACUUGAAGAUGAAAAGAUAGCAUGUAAUUAGAAAUAUGAAAAUGCAAUUCAGAACUUAAGGAUUAAUGAGGAGUAGCUUCGUUCAUUGUCAAUUCAAUUAAAUUAGAAAAGUGAAUAAGUUAAAAUACUCGAGGACUAUAAAAAUGUUCUUACUCAGGAAAAAGAAUAAUAAUUGGUAGAAAUAAAUAAAUGCCAUUUAUAAAUAAAUAAACUUUCUGCUGAAUUAAAAGAAGCUGAGUAAAGUCUUUAAGCAGUUUAAGAUAAAUGCAAGGAUUUAUAGGUUUCUCUCAAUUCUGCUUCAGAUUAGAUAUUCAAUAUUAAAUAACAAUAUUCUUAAGAACUAAUAGAAAAAGACUAAAUGAUUUUAUAAUGCAAAGAAUAACUGAGAUAUUAAUGCAUGAAUUAAAUCGAAUAAUCUCAGGUGCUAGAAGAAAUGACCAGUGAAAUCGAAAAACAAAAAAAUUUAGAGCAAUAAGUUUAAAAUUUAAGAAAAGAAAAUGAAAAACUAGAAUUAGAACAGAUUAAGUUACUGAAAGACAAUGAAAUUCUUAGAUUACAUUUAAUCUAAAAGCAGCCUGAUAACUGUUAAAUUGAACUGAUUCUUGAAGAACAUAAUUAGAUUCUAACAGAAUAUCAUGAGGAAAUUUAGAGACUAAAAGAUAAGCUACAACAAAAAUAAUAAAUACUUGAAAAAUUUACAAACAAGAUAUAAAUUUAGUCAGAUAAAAUAGCAGAAAACGAAAAAGAGAUUUCUAAUUUGCAGUCAUUUAUUGCUAAUGGCAAAAAACACUAUGAAAAUUUAAUUGAGGAGUAUUAAUUAAAAAUGGAUCAGAUGUAAUAAUAGAACACUUAGUAACAAAUAGUUUUGAACAACUAAAUUCAUCUUCUAAUGCAAGACAAGCAGUAAAUGAAAUCUCAUUUGGAUUAAAUCCAAAAAGAAAUGUCUGAUAUAACUUAGCUUUCACUUAAAAUGAGUUAAAUUCCUUAGACAAGGUAAUGA